AUCCGCUCGCUCAGUGGAGACGGGACACUCGACGCUUCUUGUCCACGGUCGACAACAACACUCUACAUGGCGUCUUCGUCUCCAGGAACCCGGGGGGCUGAGCAAGGCACACUGAAUGCAGACAUGAACAACCGCAACGGCGUCAUGGCGGAGUACAAGCACGAAUCUCGGAGAGCGUCGCAUGACGCCUCUCACGAAAACGUCGCCUUCUGCAAUGGCCACACCCGAAAGGACCGCUCACCUGAAGUGGUGAAACCACAACAACAGGUCUACAGUAACAGCAUGUCGUGCCAUGCACCGGAAGGCGGCUCGAGGAGGGCAAGCGUCGUAUGCUACAGGGACGGCGAAGAAUGCGUCUUCCGGAAAGGAAUCUGCUACUCGGAGAACUGCGCAGCGCUAACCGACGAGAACCUGAACGAGUCCAGCGCAGCGCGUCUAAAGCCGGAGGAUGACUGCUCUGCCAGGAAAAAGCGCUCCUUAGUGGCGUCGUCCAGCGAAGAGUCUUUACUCAGCAUUUUCAAGCAAGCGGCUGUGCCGUUCUUCCUGGGCGGACUCGGCACGGUGUUUGCGGGACUUAUUCUCGACACGGUUCAGUUCUGGCCUCCAUUCGAGCACGUCACAGAGCUGUUCAUCGUGGUGCCUCCGCUUCUAGGCCUCAAAGGCAACCUGGAGAUGACGCUAGCGGCAAGGCUGUCGACGCAAGCCAACCUGGGUAACAUGGACUCUCCAAGGAAAGUGUGGCACAUUGCGGUUGGCAACAUGGCACUCGUUCAGUGCCAGGCGUGCGUGCUCUCGCUGCUGUCAUCGGUGUUCGCCAUCAUCAUGGGUCUGGCCUCCGACGACGCCUUCCGUAUCGACCAAGCGCUGUUUGUGGCAUCGUCAAGCAUGGCCACCGCCGCAGUCGCCAGUUUUUUAUUAGGUACGGUGAUGGUACUGGUGGUCGCGUAUUCUAACCGCUGCCACAUUAACCCGGACAAUGUAGCCACAUCAGUGGUAGACGCCCUCGGCGACAUGACCACGUUGGCCAUCCUGGCUGGAUUCUCUACUCUUCUGUAUGGAUACAUAUCCAAGCCGUGGAUCUCCAGUGUGUUCGGCACAGUGCUGGUAGUCUUGUGCCCAGCAUGGGUGUACAUCGCGCGCGGCCACCCGACCUCGAGGAAGGUACUGGCUGUCGGCUGGUGGCCCAUCAUCGUCGCCAUGAUUAUAUCCAGCAUUGGCGGCUACAUUCUUGACCUGGCCGUGACCCACUUUAGCGGACUGGCCGUCUUUCAACCAGUAAUCAAUGGCGUCAACGGAAACCUGGCGGCUAUUCACGCGAGCCGGUUGUCGACCCUGUUUGCGCAGCGCUCCGAGCUUGGCUUUCACCCGGAGGACGACAAGCGACACUGCGUCGAUCCACUCACGGGUCUAUGUGGAAACAAUCGGCAAGCACGGGUGUCCCAGCUGUUGCUGCUUCUCUCCAUUCCGGGACACGUGCUCUUCGUGCUGCUCAUCUUCGCGAUCAGCGACGCUCACGUUCGGCUCACCGUGGCACUGGUGUUCUCUUACCUGGUCGCCUCCAUCGUGCUGCUCACUUUACUGCUGUACAUGGCCCGCUGUGGAGCAUACUGGAUGUGGCGGCGCAAGAUCGACCCAGACAACGCACUCAUUCCACUCUUGACGGGAUUCGGAGACCUGUGUGGCACAGGUUUCCUGCUGCUCGCAUUCCUUUUUCUCGAAAGCAUCGAAGAUGACAGCGUUGCCGGAUUUGGGGGCCUAGCCACUAAUCUCACGAUCGCCAGCUGAACUGCACUGGACCUCCACUCACGGGACUCACGCUGGCAGGCCCGUGUGCAUUCUCGCGAGGCGUGCUUGAAUACAUGCCACCGAAAACCAAGACGAGGGUGACCUGUGCCUAGCAUGGAAACGGCCUACGUUUCGACAACCAUUGUGCACUGGUCGUGCAACCACCACGAUGACUCCAAAGGCGGAAACUGAACAACUGUUCACUGUAUUUAGUAAUGUAUAGAUCUAAGUGCACCGAUGCAAACUCAUUUACUGUUCCGAACCAAAUCUCUCCUCUUCAUUUGCAUUUCCAAAACAAAGCUUGCGACUUUUGAACUCAACUAUCUCCGACGACUGUGCAGCAGGAUGUUACUCAUUCGGCAAAUCAAUGCCGCAACUAAGAAAAGUUGAGUGGGUUCUAAUACCCCCCGAAUUUAUUUCAUACAUUAACUAGUUGGUUGAUACUAAAGUAUACUUACACGUCUUCGUAUCGACCACCAUGUAGUUUACAAAGUUAGCUGUUCUACGCAUAAACACCCCUCGAAACAAUUCCAAAGUACGGCCCUGCGGCAGCUAGAAAUGAUCGCACAGUCAACAAUCACUUCGACAGACAUGGCAUUCCUUAUACCGCCUCCAAGAUCGGACUUCUCUGCCGUAACUUUGAUUGCAGUCUUAUAUGUGCCGGGCUGCAGAGGGGAGACGCGACGCUCGCGAAUAAAUCUGCACUCGUAAACUGUCACUCAUGCAUUGAGAAUGUGAUUCGAUUCGGGUACUUGUAUAUAGACGGUGCUUCCGAUUUUGGGUCAUGCAAGAAACGACCGAUUUUCAUAAAGCGCGAAACGACACAUGGACACUAGAAAGUACAUACGGGCAUUACACAGCGCUACUCACAACACGUUUCAAAGCUAAACAGCAAUUAUCCUUUUCUAAGUGAUUCGACAGCAUUGUAAUCCUCACCCGCAAAAGAAGUAUGACGCGAAAGAAGCUUGAGAACACGACAAUUCAUUCAGAACUCUGGUGAGCGUAUAUAGCGUGUCUGCCAUAGAAAUAAUGCGAGUACAUUUUAUAGACUAUGUCUCUUCACGUCUAACCCAGACACACACAUUUUAUUCACAGUUAUUACCAAACUAUUCUUCUCCCGAACAAGGCACAUGCCAUAUUUGGGCACAUCGCGUCUCCUCUCUGGUGUGGAUCUAUUGAUUUCCUAUUAGAAAGAUUUUUUUAGCAAACAAAACCGAGAAAACAAAACUGGGCAAAAUCUGGCGGUAACAAAAAGUACAUUUAAGUUACAUUUUGGAAGCGUCAGAUUAACAUUGGUCAAUAUCGAACUGAAAAGUCGGCUCAAUUUUUCAUUUUUCAAUAAAAGAAGAUAGAGUCAUAUUCAGGACCUGUGUGAAUGAAAAAUGACGCAGUUUUACUUUUAGCCAAUGGGUGUGCUCGGUGAGCACCUUGGGGAGAAAGCAACCUACACAGCCGCUACCAGUCCGUUUAACGUCUGACCAUUUACACGUGUAUCAUGCUUUUGUACCAAGGGCUUACAUUUAGUACAAACAGCCACGCAGAUGAGAAGCUUGAAGACAGUUCCGAGAAUAGGCUACACUAAUGUGCACCACGUAAACCCAGCAAUUAGCGUAUACUGUUCCCCAGCUGUCACCCUAGAAAACCCUUUAUUAUGCCACUGUGACUAUAAACCUAAAGGAAGAGUGUAGUAGAUGCGAUGGAGCGAAAGUAGUACGGAUGGUGAGAAGCAGAAAACAUAGGCGCUGACAAACGACUGAGUGCGAAUUUAUUGCACUCAGUUGCAUGUGACGAUGCUACGAUUUUAGUUGUUAUUUAUUUGUAUACUUUUUGUUGCAAUAAAUUCUUCUGCUUGCCCAUGA